AUGGACGUUGAUAUGCAACUAGAGGCUAAUAGUUCAACCUCAGACCAGCCGCAAGAGCCUCAUGUCGCCGAGAACCUGGCUGCAUCCAUCUCCAAUUCCGAGGCCACUGUUAAUCCACUGCCAACAAAGCUACCGAUCACCGAGUCGUCACCUCAGAAUGAGAAACCGUCGGCGGCCACAGAUGCAACCCCGGUCGCUGUACCAGCAUUGCCUCCUGAGGAUGCUCCACCUGCCAUCAUCAAUGGGAUGACUAACGACACCGCUGAGGCAGUCGAGAACUUGAAGUCUAUAAGCAGCGUGCCUGAUUCUCAACCAACCUCAUCUGCCAACAAUUCGCUCCCUGCUCCGUCAACCACAACAUCGAUUGUCGACACCGUCCUCGCCGAUUCUUUCUCCAUCCCCUCUCCAGCUCCCGCUGAAACGCAGCCCUCUCUCGCCGCAGUUGAAACAAGCGAUUCAGCCAUGGAUCUCUCUCAACCUACCGCGGCAGUUUCAGACCCCCCCGUCUCUGAUCUGCGCACCCAGCCACACUCUGAUGCGCUUUCGCCUGAAGCUGUCGCUGAAAUCGAAACACAGAAGCAUCAACUUGACAACUCAGUUGACGCCUCGGGCGCUCCUGCUAAAUCUGAGAUCUCAGAGAAAGCUCCUUCGACGGAGGGUACACAAUCAGGGCCUGAGCCAUCUGUCGACCAAGUCACUUUGACUGAUAUUGGUUUGCCAUCUCCCACCCAGUCUCCUCCACCCGCCCCUCAACCGACACAUGCAGAGUUGCCUGCUGACAAGCCUGCGGAAAAUGCUGUAAUGGAACCCGUUUUGCUGCCCGCGUUCGGUUCUGUACAGAUUGCUGAAGCCGCUCCUCCUACUGAGUCUGCGCCUGCACUUGUGCCCGCGCCGGCGUCUGAACCAGGACCUACCCUGGGCUCUCUUCAGACUGAAGGACCGGCUGCACCAUCGCCAUCGCCAGCACCAGCACCUACUCCUGCACCCUCUAGGCAGAUCGAGCUUGAAGAUCAGAUCAUGACUGAUGUGGUGGCUGCUCCUGCGAAGCAAGCCCGCGAGAGAGAGGACGAUAGCGAAGAGCAAGGGCGUGCUGCCAAGCGCGUCAAAACUGACGAGCCGGAUUCGAAAACUGAAGAUUCUUCUUUCAAAGUCCCACACGUACCUGCUGUCACAGCGCAGUCGCCUCUGGCAAAUGGCAACACUGCGGCCAACAAGGACAUCGUCGAUGCAGACGAUUCUGUAACACCAGCUCGGCUAGCGCAUAUGAGGAAAGUAAUAUCCAAUCUGAAGAAGAGCAAUGCGUCUUCGGCAUUCCGGCAACCCGUGGACUACAUAGCCCUCAAAAUCCCAAACUAUCCUGAAGUUGUCAAACACCCUAUGGACCUUAGCACGAUUGAUAAUCGCCUCAAGCACAAUAAAUAUACCUCGGUAACUGCUUUUAUCCGCGAUUUCGAACAGAUUGUCACCAACUGCUUCCUCUUCAAUGGCCUAGACCAUGGAGUCUCUCAGCAAGCCAAGAAAAUGCAGUCAUCUUUCAACAGUCAAAUGAAUAAUCUACCCAAAGCGACGGUUGAAGAACCGUCUAAGGAGAGCAAAAAAGCGGCCAAAAAGGCAGAGCCCACAAGAUCAGCUCCACCACGUCGGCCAUCCGUCUCUACAUCUGGUCCUGGCAUGACCACGGCCGCGUCUCCCAAGACUGCCGCGCCUCCGACACCCUCGUUUGCCCCUGGUCCUGAUGGGAUUCCCUUGAUUCGCCGUGACUCAAGCUUGACAGACGGUCGUCCUAAGCGAGCCAUUGUUCCGACAAAACGGAAUCAAGAUCUUGGUAGCGGUCGACCCAAGAAGAAGAAGUACGAGUUGCAACUCAGAUUUUGCGAUGAAGUCUUGAAGGAGAUCUCGAACCCCAAGCAUUGGCAAAUGAACCAGUACUUCCUCUACCCUGUGGACCCAGUGGCGUUGAACAUUCCUACAUAUUUCCAGAUUGUCAAGAAGCCUAUGGACCUGGGAACAAUCAAGACUCAGUUGGCCAACAAUGGCUACGAAAAAGCUAAGGACUUUGAGGAAGACGUUCGUCUCAUUUUCAAGAACUGCUUCAAGUUCAAUCCCGACGGAGAUCUUGUCAAUGCAGCUGGCCAUCAACUGGAGGAGCUUUUCAACAAGAAGUGGGCGACCAAGGACGAUUGGAUUGCAUCCCGUGAACCACAGUCAGAACCUCACACUGACGCCGAUGAAGAUGAGGAAGACGAGGAAGACAGUGAUGAUGAACCGGAGAACGAAAGCGAAGAUGAGCGCAAUGACAAGAUCAAGCAACUCCAGAAACAAAUUGAGAUGAUGUCGAAGCAGAUGGGUGAGUUGACACAGAAGAAGUCCAAGAAAUCCAAGUCACCACCCGUCAAGAAAUCGAAAUCGAAAGGUGGCAAGAAGGACAAGCAAGCGGCUGUAGCUCCUGGGGCCGGCAAGGACAAGAAAGAGAAGAAGAAGACUGCGCCCAAGUCGAAGCCCGAGAAAGACAGAUAUGUCACGUUCGCGGAAAAGCAAUAUAUCAGCAACGGAAUCGCCAUGCUGCCUGAGAAACAGAUGCAAGAAGCUCUGAAAAUCAUCCAGAACAGCGUUCCGUCUCUAGCAAACAGUGAUCAGAACGAGAUUGAGCUUGACAUCGAGGAUGUUCCCAACCAUGCUCUUCUUAGGCUGCUCAACUUUGUCAAGAAAUAUGCCGGACCACCACCAGAUGAGCCUAAAGCCGAGCGACCCGAAGUGUACAGUGCUCCUGCCGCGGCCAAGCACAAGAAGAGUAAACCUAUGAGUAAGCAUGAGCAAGAAGCGCAAAUCGAAGAGUUGAAGGGCAAGUUGGGAGCAUAUGCUGGAGGAACGAUGUCUCCAAGUGCUGUGCAAUCUAUUGAGGAAGGCGACAGCAGUGAUGACGACGGGGAUUCAGAGGAGAGCGAGGAAGAAUAG